AAAACAAGUGUUAAGGAAUGUAAUGUCACUUGGAAAUGGGACAACCCUUAAACACAGUUACGUCCUUGGACGACAGGGGGCAGCACUGCGCAAGAGGGUAGAAGAAAGCCGGAAGUGGAACAUCGGGAAAUAAACAGUAGAAGCAACAAUGCCGGUGGAAGCUGCAGUAAUCUCCAUAGCGUGGGCUUUGGGAAUCUUUUUAAGAUUGUCCAUAGCGAGAAGAAAAGCCGUAAGACGGAGAAGACAUUUUCGAAGAAUGGCGACGCUGAUGGCUCAGAUACAGAGUGGCCGUGCUGUGUCUUACUGCCAGCUGAACCAGGAUGUGCCUGUACUCCGGCUGUGGUUCAAUGUGGAGGCAGAACUACAGCAGGACUUUCGCCUGACCAGAAGAGCCAUGCAGGGGCUACAGAGACUUCUGCAGAGGGAACAGGACCAUGGCUGGGGCUCUCAACUUGAGGUCCUGAUAUAUGUGUACUGGCUGGCCCACGGACUCUCUUACCGAGUUGUGUCAAGUGUUUUUUGUGUUCCAAGGUCCACUGUCCACCGCGUAAUCCACAGAGUUGCACAUCUGAUCUGGCGUAACCUGAAGCUGGCUAUCAGUUUUCCACGCCUCGAGGAUCUCAACACAAUUGGAGAAGCAUUUGGACAACUUGCAGGAACCCCCGUCCUCAAUUGUGUUGUUGGAGCAAUUGAUGGUUGCCAUUUCCGAAUCAAACCUCCUGCCCAUCACAGAAUCGACUACCUUAACUACAAAGGUUUCUUUUCAAUCAACAUGCAGGCCAUUUGUGAUGCAAAUGGCAGGUUUUUGGACAUCUUCGUGGGCUAUCCUGGUGCUGUGCAUGACACUCGCAUAUUAAAAAACAGUCCUUUUUACAAAGCACAACUAUACCCUCCAGCAGAAUACAUCCUUCUGGGUGAUGGCGGCUAUCCAUGUUUAGCGACGCCCAUCAGCCUCUUAACACCAUACAGAGAACCUGUGCGGGACCGGUCAGAGUCCAGAUUCAAUUAUCACCACUCCCGGGCUCGCAGCAUCAUUGAAAGGGCUUUUGGUGUCCUGAAGACACGAUGGAGGUCUACCCUUUUUCGAGCCCUAGAGGUUAGACCAACAUUCUCCCCAGUGGUCAUUGCUACCUGUGCCUUUUUGCAUAAUGUGUGUUUGGACAACGGUGACGUGUUGGAGCCAGACACUGACAUUGCACAAGACAUGUACGACCCUCGACCACCACCUGCCCCACUGGCGAAUGAGCAGUCAGGAAGUGCCAAAAGGGACCAGCUGGCUGCAUUACUCUCUGGCCUGGAGCAGCAGUGCUAAACUUUGGUCAAUGAUCAAUAACAACAGCCUGUAUAACUAGUAAUGUGCCCUGCAAUAGAAAUGUUUAACAUGUUGCAUGUGUGACCUUGUAAAUAAAUGCUUUCAAAUGAAUUUUCUUGAUUUCU